AUGGACACGUCUUACCCUCGCGAGGACUACCUGCCCAUGACAUCCCGCAAGCAGGACACUUGUCCCACCGUCAUCACCAUUGGACCCUCCGUAGUGCCCCGGGACCACCUGAUCUGGUCCAUCUUCAACACCAUCUACAUGAACCUCUGUUGUUUUGGCUUAGUGGCUCUUGCCUACUCCGUCAAGGCGCGUGAUCAGAAGGUGGCUGGUGACAUCGAGGCCGCUCGCCGCUUCAGCUCCAAAGCCAAAUGCUACAACAUCCUGGCGAUGGUGUGGAGUCUGCUGCUGCCACUGCUGCUCAUCGCCCUGGUGAUCACAGGCGUGAUUCACCUCUCCAAGCUCGCUCAGGAAUCGAUGGACUUCUUCAACUACAAGUUGUUCACUAACGACGAUGACGGAAAGUGA